GCUGGGAAUAUAAUGCACAUCGCCAUUAAAGCCUCAAUAUUUGGAUAAGAUACGAGCUCUCGGACCAGUUCACACAUUUUGCUGUCAAACUCGCUUUGUCGCAUCAGAAUUAAAGUAUUUCUUGGGCUCUUCUGACAUGGCGGACAGUGAAGACUCGUUUCGGCUCCAAAAUUCUCCCACUGACACCGAUCCAAAAGAUCUACAAAACGACGGAAAAUCAGAGAAACAGAAUGCAGCCUCCAGCAAAUCUCCGUCAUCACAGACAACAUACAUUCAACAGGGAAUGGAGGGAAUAAAAGUUUACCUGCACGAGCGAGAGUUGUGGGCAAAGUUUCAUGAAGUUGGGACAGAAAUGAUCAUAACUAAAGCAGGAAGGAGAAUGUUCCCGAGCUUUAAAGUGAAGGUCACCGGGUUGAACCCGAAAACUAAAUACAUUCUGCUGAUGGAUGUCGUGCCAGCGGACGACCAUCGCUAUAAAUUCGCCGAUAACAAAUGGUCUGUAACGGGUAAAGCAGAACCAGCGAUGCCGGGACGACUGUACGUCCACCCCGACUCUCCGGCCACCGGCGCUCACUGGAUGAGACAACUGGUGUCUUUCCAGAAGCUGAAACUGACUAAUAACCACCUCGAUCCCUUCGGCCAUAUUAUUCUGAAUUCAAUGCAUAAAUAUCAGCCGAGGAUUCACAUCGUGAAGGCGGAUGAAAAUAACGGGUUUGGGUCUAAAAACACGGCUUUCUGCACGCACGUGUUCCCAGAAACUGCGUUUAUUGCCGUCACGUCUUACCAAAAUCAUAAGAUUACCCAGUUGAAGAUUGAGAACAAUCCGUUUGCUAAAGGCUUCCGUGGAAGUGACGACAUGGAGCUACAUCGCAUGUCAAGAAUGCAAAGCACUAAGGAAUAUCCGGUGGUCCCUCGCAGUACUGUCCGUCAGCGGGUGGGCAGCAGUCAGAGUCCGUUCAGUGGAGAUGUUCAGAGUCUUUCAGCCCCGAGCGCCAUGAGUUCGCAGUACAGCUGUGAGAACGGCGUCACGAGUACAUCUCAAGAUCUGCUGCCGCAGUCCAGCUCUUAUCCACUGCCUCACGAACACGGACAGGAUUAUCAUCACUGCGCCAAGAGAAAAGUUGAGGACGGCUGUCACGCAGGAGAUCACUCGUACAAGAAAACCUACGUGGAAAGUUCAUCCAGCGAGGACGACCACUACUAUCGGCCGGUGAGUUACCCUCAGCCUCUGGGUCUCGCCGGCGCCCCCUACAGGACAGAGUCCGGUCCGCGGCAGGCCUGCAUGUACGCCAGCGCUUCUCAAGCCGCCGAGCCACCGCCGAGCCUGGAAGACAUCAGCUGUAACACUUGGGCGGGAGUGUCACCGUAUGGCAGCUGCUCGGUGUCGGCCGUCCAGCAGAUGGAGCGGCUGCCCUACCAGCACUUCUCGGCUCAUUUUAACUCGGGGCCCCUCGUGUCCAGAUUAAGCGGCGUGGCGGGUCACGCCUCUCCGCAGCUGGCCGAUACUCACGCUAUGUACCAGGGUCCCGUCCCCCAUCAGCCUCUGGGGCGUCAGUGCAGCCCGAGCACCGGGAUUCAGUCUCCGAGCGCCGGCCUGCAGGGAAACGAGUAUCUGUACGCUCACGGCAUCCCUCGCACCCUCUCGCCGCAUCAGUAUCACGCCGUCCACAGCGUCAGCAUCAUGCCCGACUGGAACGAGGGAAGCUAA